CCCCGAAUCUGGCGUCCGAACCCGCUUUUUCCCCCCAUAGCCGGACAGCCGUAAUUUUCAACCGUCCCACUUGUACUCCGACUGCUUUGCCUCCUUCUCUUUUUCCUUCCAUCCUCAAUCAAUUCCUCGAGUCUACAGCCCGCUACCUUCUGCACCGGUCUCUUCCAUUUAAUCAGUCGGGAGAAAUUCACAACUCCCAGAGGGUCAUCAGCUCCGUCCCGUAUCUGUCGCCUCUUCUAGGUGCCCUCGCCCCUCCCUCAACCCGUCGUUUUUGGACCGGCACUUCCCGACUCUUCCUCCUGCCACCCCCCGGACUUCGAAUCCUCCAACAACAGCCCGUUCGGCUCGUUCAUUCUUUAUCCGCUCUCGAUGGUUCACGCCGUCAAUGCGAUCAUGCCGUCCACGACUGUCGCCUCAUCAGAGUCUCACUCCCGCAAGAGCACCUUCCCAGAGAUCCCAGUGUCAUCAACGUCACAUCCUGACAAUCCAAUUCCCGAGGAGCCGCGUGGUGUGCGGUCGCUUUCCGUCACCGAUACCACUUUCAAUGGCUCAUCCACUUCUCAAGAAACCGACUCGGUCGGCUCUCACUCCUCCGACUCCCCAAUUACUCCGCCUAGUGACACACGGUCCGAAGAAGACCUCACUUAUAAGUCCAAUGGCCGCCAACGCCGGGCCUCGACCGUUCUGAUCUCCCAAAAUUCCGAGGAUAUGCGGCGGGUCUUGGAGAACGUGGGUACAAGCGGUACGCAAAAAAUUCAAUCCAUGUGUUGUGGCGGAGGAUGUUGCCGCGGUCGACCCUUGCCGCUACUGGACGGGCCUAUCUCCGGUUUCAAUUCGAUCACAGCGCCCGAGAACAAAGCCUUCGCCAGUCUGGAGUUAAACCUGGAUCUUCUCACUUUGGACAGCCCUCUCUCCAACAUUGCCCCGCUGCCAGAGAAGACGGUCUCGUUCAAGCCGGCCCCUGCAUACGCUGCCGACAUUUCACUUGGCCCCGCGGAUCACCCUCCGCAAUUUGUACAACCACAUCCCCCUUACGAGGUGUACAGAGCUCCGCUCCAUCAUGCCCGGGAGUUGACCAAGGGCGGUGCUGAGAAGCGUACCUAUCACUUCGACAUUGAUGUUACCGAUUACCCCGCCGAGAGUGGGAUGGUGGAUUUCGUCGUCGGCGGGGCCAUCGGUGUCUGCCCCAAAAACAAGGAUGAGGAGGUGGAGGACAUUUUCAAUCUGCUGGGUAUUCCCAGAUCAAUGCGCGAUAGAAAGGUGUGCAUGCGGACGACCAGUGGUCGCUGGCCGACUAUCUGGGGCGACGACAAGCCGCGCGAGCUAAUCACUACCCGGCGCGAGGUUCUUAGCUGGUGCUCAGAUAUCCAAAGUUAUCCACCAACUAAACCUCUCUUUCGCCUCCUGGCCGAGUACACGACCGAGCAGAACGAGAAGAAAAUUCUCGAGUACCUGUCCUCGGCUCAGGGCCAAGGCGCGUUCUGCGAUCUUCGCACCACCUCACACAUCAGCUUGUCCCAGCUUCUACACGCUUUUCCUUCCACUCGGCCUCCUCUCGAUCACCUCCUCUCGGUGCUGAAUACUCUUAUGCCACGCUUUUAUUCGCUCUCCCAGGACCCCAUGAUUUCGUGCCAGUUUAAGGGCAACGAGUGCCGCCGCUUGAUUGAGGUUGCCGUUACCGUCGCCGAGUCUCAGGAUUGGCGCGGCGGCAACCGCACCGGGGUGAGCUCCGGCUAUCUAGAGCGACUUGCGCAGCGCGCAAUUCGGGCGGAAGCCGCUGGUGAGAAGCAUAACCUCUACAUCCCCAUGUUCCGUGGUUUGAUGGCGAAUCCUCUGGCGAAGCGCUUUGCCUCCGAUGGGCCUAUGCUUCUAAUCGGAGCCGGUGUCGGCAUUGCUCCAUUCCGUGGAUUCGUCCAGCGCCGUCUACAGUCGGCCAAUUGUGCCAACAAAGUCUGGGUACUUCAGGGUGUGCGUGACUCCCUCCUUGAUGAGUUAUACAGCGGCGAAUGGGGUGUGCACGAGGACAAAGUCCGCACUGUGGUACAAAGCCGUCGUGGCGAGAGCCGUUAUGUCCAAGAGGAAGUGCGCCACCAGGCGGAUUUGGUCUGGUACGUAAUCAAUGCGCUGGAUGGUCGUGUGUUUGUCUGCGGCAGUGGCAAGGGCAUGGGUGAAGGAGUGGAGGCCGCUCUUGUCGAGGUUGCCAUGGCUAAGGGCAAUUUGAAUGCCAAAGAGGCAGAGCUAUUCUGGCAGCGCAAGAAGGAAGCGGGUCAAUACAUUGCGGAAACUUGGUAAAACAAACACGAAAAAUCCGGCGUAUAGGCUAGCUCGCUGAGCCCUUUGCAUCGAGCAAUCGAUCGUUUUCCGUCGCUUACCUGGCACGAUAUGCGCUUGGUCGCCGUAUCUGAUUGUACAUAUUAUCUGGUGUGGCCUUCUCCGUUUUCUCACUUUUUGUUCUGCGUUUUGUCCGCCGGCGCCUUAUGACUGAAGAUCUUGUCUGGCUUUCUGGAGAUAUCGCCUGACUUAUUGGCCUUGUAAAGCGAUCAUCGUCUGAUAAGCUUCCAUUUUUCUGUUACGCAUUUUAGCGCGGUGGCUCUCUGUUCCUGGUGUUACAUCAGUUGUUUUAUACUGGACGAAGAUUUUUCGGUUGGUGAUCUCUAGGCGUUGCGGUUCUUUCUUCUCGUCGUCUCUUGUCGAUCAUUUGAUUGGUCUUCGAUAUAGAUUACUGAAAUUAAAUGGGCAUUCUUCCUGGAUAGAUUUAUCCUUUCUGCUCUCUGCCGUAUGCUGAGAUAUAUGGAGGUAGGCUAUAUUGAUGUUGGUG